AUGUCUGAGGUUAUUGAAGCACCAGGUGCCAGUAAUGAUGUGGCUGAAACCACCAUCUUACCAUUGGAAAUAAUUGAUAAGUCUAUAGGACAAUAUAUACAUGUGUUGAUGACGGGGAAUAAAGAGUUCAAGGGAAAAUUAGUUGGGUUUGAUGAUUUUGUUAAUAUGGUACUUGAAGAUGUUACUGAAAUAGAUAAUGAUGGGCCUUCAUCAACUCCUAUCAAACAAUUGUUAUUGAAUGGAGCCCAUGUAGCUAUGAUAAUACCAAGUUAA